CCGCAAUUUCCUGCUCUUGAAAAAUAAUCAUGGCUCCGCUCUUGCUGACGAAGGGAACUUGAAGGAGACCAGCAGAGCGCCAAGACUAGAGUCUAGAGAGCGCUGGUCGGAAGGGGCGCAUGAACAGGCUUUGCUGUGGAGUUUGCUAGGGGGCUACCAAUCCGAACGGCAUUCUCUUGCGGCUUACCUCUGGUGAUGCGAUGCAAAUGGGAUCUUGUCUGGUCUGCAUUGCAGCAAGCGGCUCAGAGUCCGCCCAACCACUCUUGCAGAACUCGGUUUCGUUGUCUGUGCCAGAAUUGAAGGGCUUCUACAGUCAUAGGAAUAGUUGAAGAGGGUGUCAUUCAAUCGUAUGCCAAAACAGGGACCGCAUUGACUUGAGCCAGGAAGUUUUGUGCUCACUCUACUGGUUACAGUCAGAAAUAUUCACUGCAUUUUGUAGCCAAGAGGCAGGUGGAGUUUGCAAUGAUGGAUGGGGGCCCAAAGGCAGAUGGGAGCAUGGAGGUGCUCUGGCUCUCAGCUGGAGCUAGUCACACCGUCGCUCUUUUAUCGGGGGGUGUGGUUGCAUCCUGGGGCCGAGCGGAGGACGGGCAGUUGGGGCACGGUGAUGCUGAGGAACAGACGCUUCCCGUCAUAAUAGGGACGUUGAAGGAUGCAGAGAUCACUGCGAUCAAUUGUGGGGCAGACCACACCACAGCCUGGACGGAGAAUAAGAAGAUGGUGUAUAGUUGGGGAUGGGGUGACUUUGGGCGGUUAGGGCAUGGGAACAGCUCAGAUCUCUUUGUUCCCCAUCCUAUCAAGGCCUUGUACGGUCUUAGGAUUCGGCAGAUCGCCUGUGGCGACUGUCACUGCCUUGCCAUUGUCAAUGACGGAGAGGUUCGCAGUUGGGGCCGCAACCAGAACGGCCAGCUAGGCCUGGGCCAUACAGAGGACAGAUUGGUUCCGCAAGCUGUGGAAGCAUUCCAGGGAAAGAAGGUUCUGAUGGUGGCAGCUGGCGCAGAGCAUACGGCCGCGGUUACGGAGGACGGGAAAGUGUACGGAUGGGGGUGGGGCCGGUACGGAAACCUGGGGCUUGGCGACAGGAAUGACCGACUGGUGCCGGAGCAGGCUAUGUCAAUUGGGCACGAGCAAGCCACGAUGGUCGCCUGCGGCUGGCGGCACACGAUCGUGGUGGCCAAGUCGGGCGCCAUGUACACAUUCGGGUGGAGCAAGUACGGGCAGCUGGGGCACGGCAACGAGGAGGACCAGCUGGUGCCGCACCGGGUGGAGGCGCUCCAGGAGCACACGAUCAGACAGAUUGCUGGCGGAUGGAGGCAUACCGUGGCCCUCGACUCCGACGGCAGGCUGUAUGCGUGGGGAUGGAACAAGUUUGGUCAAGUUGGCGCCGGAGACAACGUUGACCACAACUUGCCGGCACUGGUCAAGGGUAUGGAGCAUGAGCGCGUAAUGUCGGUGGCGUGCGGCUGGCGGCACACGGCGUGCAUAACGGAGGCCGGGAACGUGUACACGUGGGGCCGCGGCACGAGCGGUCAGCUCGGGCACGGGGACAACGUCGACCGCAGUGUCCCCAAGCGGCUCGAGGCGCUCAGCAAGGACGGGCAGGCCGCACGGGGCCUCGCCUUCUCCAAGUUCAACGCGGAUGCAGCCUUGGCGACUCCUGCGGAGAGAUACGCAAUCGUCCCUGAGCGACCGCCGGUUGCAUUCAACCAUGGUGGAGACACGCCAGCGUGCCAGGGCGAUUGCGCAGCAGACGUACCAGUUGCUGCGAAGCGGCCUAAGAUUCACUGAAUAUGCAAACGAGCAUGGUCUUGAUUGACCUAAGCGACUGUCAACGAUUCGGAGCGUGCCAUAUCGAUUUCGCGGGUCCUCAUAAGCACGCCUAUCCAGGAUCCGCAGAUUGCGUCUGAUGAGCUGACCAUUUGAUAGAAAUGCCAGCACUACGAAGACCUGUUGUCUUGUCUGCGAGCCACCUUAGGGGAAGGUUGUCGGGCGGAACGAGAGCAGAGUCAGUUGGUGCAAAAGCAAGAGUUUAGAGUACUUCCAAAUGACACUUUCAGAGGAUUUGUGUGUUGUGAGCUCGCACUGUAUUCACUUAGCAAGCUGUAAACCACAAGUGUCCGAGGAAUUGGUCGGAGACAAUAACUAGGAAAUUAGCUUUGCAUACAGAGGGCUCGUUUCCGCGCAUGAUCAUUUCGGCAUCCAUAUGUCACAGUUGUGAACACCGACGAGCUCAGCUUUCUUCGACAUAACAGCCUUGGACGCGUGGUCGUUGUGUCAACCAUUACUGGGAGAGUCGAUAGUCAUACGAUAGUUUCUCAGUUAUUGCAGCACUACGAGUCAAGUAUUGAGGCAGUCCUUCGUGAUCAUUUCUUGCAGGAAGCAUGGUCAUUCACGCU